AUGUCUGAUCUAAACGUUGUUGACUUUUGGAAAGAAGUAGAAUAUCAAAAGAAGCUAAAGAAUCAGAUCGAUAUCACAUGGACUAAAGGGAUGUUACAGUCCGCUAGAGCAAUAACUGACAGAAUUGUGAAUGCAAUUAAGAUAACUAAUGAAAUACACUAG